ACAGCAUUGAGCAACGCUUCGGGUGUGCACUGCGAGUUUGUUUCCUAUUUCAAACGGAAAAUAUCUAUAAUCAGUACAAACGAACACAAAAAGGAUUCUUAGGAUCUUUGUUUGUUUUUCCCCUCAAUCAGGAUUUUCGUCAACACUGAAAUGGCUUCCUCCCAGCAAUCGAGUCAAGGUUGCCACGAGCAAGAAAGAGCGCGGAUAGCGAAGCCUAGUAUGUUUAUGGUGACUGCCUUGUGGAUGGAGAGAUCGCCUCUUGCUCAGCGGCCAAGCGAACGCAGCUUCGAGGGGCUAGAAUUAGGUAAUCAAGCAAGGCCCAACAAAGUUGGUUCCGUAAUAGUUCUUCCAAGUGAUAGAGCACUAUCUGUGGACUGUAGCCGCAAUGAUGUUCACGGCGGUGUGAUUGGCCUUUACAAGUUUGGUCAGGAGAGAUACAAGGGGUGCACUGUGUACCUCUCCCGGAGGCCCUGCUCAUAUUGUACCAAGCUGCUGAUACAGGCGGGCGUGGUCAAGGUCUAUUAUCUCCCUACUGAACCGGAAGUUAAUGACCCCCAGGAUAUCAAGGCUGUUGAUAAUCUGUUUAUUGUGGCUUCAGUGGGUCUUUCCCCAUUUAUUCCUGAAGUCAAUAAAGUUGUACUCCAGGAACUAAAGGAGAAAACAUCUCCCUGGACCCCAACCCACGAUGAGGAUGCAAUAAAGCUCUUUAAAGAAAAAUUAAAAAAAGACCACUUUGAUGGUGACUGGAUAGACACAGCUAGUCAGAUUCUUCAGUCCCCGCCAUUUGACGAUGCUGAUAUGGUAGCCAUAAUGCAGACAAACAUGGAUACGCUACUGGAAUGGAUUGCACACACAUCACAGGGUGAUGUUCCAGAUGAUGUGGAGUUUGCUGAAAUAGACCACAACCUCAAGAGCAAGCCUAUCAGAAACCCAGGUCCCGAAGGAGCUUCUGAGGAAUGUCCAUUGUUAAAGUCCCCAGUCCCUUCUGAGCCCAGCUGGCAGAACUUUGCUUUGCACAUGACACGCUUGGCUCAAAUGCUCUCCCAGAGAAGUGAUGAUCCAAUAAGGGGAGUCGGUUGUGUCCUUAUGUAUGAGAAUGAAGUUAUUAGUAUUGGGUGGAGUGGAUUUCCAGCCAAAGCGACAUAUGGGGAGUUUCCAAGAAGAGCUUGCAAGAAGCCGUACAUCAUCCAUGCGGCAGAAAAUGCUGUUUUAACAAAGAAUCAGCAAAUAAUCAGAAAAGCUGACUGUCUUACAUCAUCUGCGCAAUUGUACAUCAGCAAGAUUCCAUGCAGGGAGUGUGUCCACAUGCUUGUUGAGGUUGGAGUCAAGCAUGUAAUUUUGCCUGGCUCUGAACAUGAUGAUGAUGCAAAAGAUGAUGUGUUUAAAGAAAUGCUUCAGAAGGAUAAGCUCAAAGGCUAUAUGUCACAAAAGAAGAAAAUGCCCAGUCCACCAUCUGCUGAUGGAGCAAAGCGGAAACUUCCAUUUGAGAAUGAGAAUGAGGAAGACUAAUUUU